GUAAUCUCGACAUCCGUAUCAAAACAGCAUCAAAGCCCUCUCUACCCCGCCGUAUAAUUUUUAAUAAGCUCCGGGGGCAGGUAUCUAUUAUCAAUCCCACCAGCACCACCAUCCACCACCACAACCCUCCCCUCCCUCCCGAACCAUGUCCAAAAUAACCGCCAAAAACCUCUCCUACAACAGCACCCUCCCCCCCUUCCUCCAACGCCUACAAUCCAACCACGAAUCCACCUCCUCCGGCCGCCACGAAUUCAGCAUUCCGCGCGCGCGCAAGCCCAUCGACGAAGACGCAGAGCGAGAAAGCGAACCUGUUGUAUUUGACGAGGCGAGCGGCGAAACAAUAAGUAGAGAGGAGUGGGAGAGGCGGGAGAAGGAACGAGAGGAUGGGGAGACAAAGGAAAAUGAAGGGGGAGAAGGAGGAGGAGAGGGAGAGUUGGAGAAGAAAGAGAAUGGGGACGGGGAUGUGGGUGUGAAGGUGGGGAUUGGAGGGAGUAGGAAGAGGAAGGUGGGGAAGGUUAUUGGAGGGUUGGAGGAGGAAGAGGAAGAGAAGGAGGAGGGAAUGAACAAUAACAAGUCCUCGAAUAAAAAAGAUACUGGGAAUCAGAAGAAGAACGAGAGUGGUAAGGCUGGAGCUGUAUCGAAGACGAAACCGAAAGCUGCGGCGAAGAAGGGUAAAAAGAUCAAGUUGAGUUUCGGGGAUGACGAGUAAGAAGACAUAGACUCGGGUAUCUUGAGGGAAUGUUAUGGGAGUUAUUCGAUAAAGCAUUUAAGAGGAGCUUAUGGGAAAAUGGCGUUUGGGAAUGGAAUGAUACCCGGCUACUGUUGAUUAGCCAACCUACCUAGUCCUGGAGGUCUGGCAAAAUGUAUAGAGUCAUAUAUGAAAAUCAUGAAAUCAUAAAAUCACA